UACUUCAGCAGUUCACGUAGUGUGCUGCAGCAUUAUCGUCCUAGAGAUUUUUUUACUUUAUUUUGACAUUAUAUAUUUGUCAAUGUUUUACAUAUAAUAUGUACAUAUUUUUUUGAUAAAUGUUUACUAUGUUUACAAGACGAGAUCUACUAAAAUGAACGCGUUUGGUGUGGUGUCGUAUUUAUGGUUUCUCGUCAACGUUCAACAAUGUUGUUGCGGGGACAUAACAUUAGGAGUUUUGUACACCGACGAAUACACAAUGCAAGAGACGGCUUUCAAGUCGGCGGUGGAAGUGGCAAAGGGUAAAACAAUGGAAUCCGAUUUGCGAUUAGCCAUCGUUAGCAAACAAAUAUCCCUCCAUGAUUCGUUUGAGGCUCAGCACGUCGUAUGCGAAAUGUUGGGCUCUGGAGUCGCUGGAGUGUUUGGUCCAUCGGCCGGCGACACGGCGCCCAUCGUGCAGUCGAUUUGUGAUUAUAAGGAAGUGCCACACAUACAGACUAGAUGGGACAUCAAUCAAAAACGCGGCUCCUGCCAGAUAAACCUUUAUCCACAUCCUUACACGUUAGCCAAAGCGCUAGUCGACCUAGUCGUAGCUUUGAACUGGGAAAGCUUUACGAUCGUCUACGAAAACAACGACAACCUGAUGCACAUCACCAACAUCCUGAAGACGCCUCCUAGCAAUUAUCCAAUACGAAUCCGACAACUGAGUUCAGGCAACAAUUAUAGAACCGAACUCCGCGAGAUCAAAGACUCCGGUGAAACGAAAAUCCUCCUCGACUGUACGUUCAACAUUCUGAUGGAUGUCCUCGUUCAAGCCCAGCAAGUAGGUCUCAUGGGCUCUGAACACAACUACAUCAUCUCGUCUUUGGACAUGCACACGUUGGAUUUAGACCCUUUCAAGUACAGCGGGACAAACAUCACGGGCAUGCGGUUGGUGAAGCCGUACGAAGACGAUUUUAAAAACGCAGUGGCUCAAUGGUCCGAUCAUUUAAGUCCACUGGAACCGGACGACUCGACGGUGGAGCCCGAAAAAAUACUUCUGGAAUCCGCUUUGAUAUACGACGCGGUUCAAUUGUUUACCGCUUCCGUUUACAACUUAAGUAAAGAUUUUCCAAUCAGCCAGGUUGCCACACCCUGUAAUUCUACCGCAUCUUGGAAACACGGAUUCACGUUAAUCAACCAUAUGAAAAUGGCCAAAGACUUCAAGGGACUCACUGGUAAAAUCAAAUUCGACCAAGAAGGAUUUCGGUCCGAUUUCGAAUUGGAACUGGUGGACCUGACGGCGAAAGGCUUGAGAGUCACGGGUACGUGGAAUGCCAAGACCGGCGUCAACGUUUCAGCGACCACCUCACCUCAAGCCGGCACGUCCGGCAAAGAAGAUCUCCGCAACAUGACGUUCGUGGUCAUCACAGCUUUGACAAAACCGUAUUGUAUGGUUAAACUAUCUAGUAACAAAUUGGAAGGCAACGACCGGUACGAAGGGUUCGGAGUUGAUUUGAUUAAAGAACUCAGCGAAAUGAGCGGUUUCAAUUACACGUUUCGAAUACAAGAGGACAGAAACAGUGGCAACAUAGAAAAUAAAAAAUGGAAUGGAAUGAUCGGCGAAGUCAUCAACGGAAACGCUGAUCUAGCAAUAGCCGACAUUACUAUAACGAGAAAACGAGAACAUGACGUCGACUUCACCAGCCCUUACAUGAACUUAGGUAUUAGCAUAUUGUACAAAAAGUCAACGAAGAGCUCGCCAAGCUUGUUCUCGUUCUUGGCUCCGUUUAGCUCUUUCGUAUGGCUUUGGGUGAUAACAGCUUACUGCGGAGUGUCCGUGCUGUUGUUCAUUAUGGCCAGAAUCAGUCCUUAUGAAUGGACCAACCCUUAUCCGUGUAUUGAAGAGCCGGAGUACUUGGAAAACCAAUUCAGUCUUUCCAACGCGUUUUGGUUCACUAUCGGAUCGCUAAUGCAGCAAGGUUCAGACAUCGCACCAAUUGCUGUAUCGACUAGACUUGUAGCUGGUAUCUGGUGGUUUUUCACUCUCAUCAUGGUUUCGUCCUACACGGCGAAUUUGGCCGCUUUCUUGACGGUCGAAAGCGUAUCGGAGCCCUUUAGAGACGUCGAAGAACUAGCCAAUCAAAAUAUUAUCAAGUACGGCGCUAAGUCAGGAGGCUCCACUAGUGAUUACUUUCGGGAUUCCGCCAAUCCGAUUUACAAGACAAUCUACAAAAGAUUACAAGAAGACCCGUCGCUGUACAGUAAAGACAACGACGAAGGCGUGAUGAGAGUGCUGAGGGAUAACUACGCUUACUUCAUGGAGUCGACAUCCAUCGAAUACGAAGUCGAACGUAACUGUAAGUUGGCCCAGGUCGGAGGUCUUUUGGAUAACAAAGACUACGGGAUAGUAAUGAAAAAAAAUGUCAGUUACCGGAACGUUUUGAGCGCAAACAUUUUAAGUCUACAAGAAAAAGGCAAACUCACCGCGUUAAAGAACAAGUGGUGGAAAGAAAAACGCGGCGGAGGAACGUGUCAGGACGACGAUAAGGGCAACGAAGCUAGCGAAUUGAGCAUGAAAAACGUUGGCGGGGUGUUUAUAGUGUUGUGCAGUGGCGUGGGAGUGGCGGCCAUACUUGCUGGUUUGGAGAUGUUCUGGAUGCUAUGGAAAACAUCUAGCAAAGAAAAGAUUUCGUUCAAGAACGAAUUCAAAGAGGAACUCAAGUUCAUUGCAAAGUGUCGGGGAUCGACGAAGCCGGCCAGAAAGAGGCAUAGCAGUGAUAGUUCCAAUCCAACGGGUUCCAAUCAGUACAUCGAUCGUUUGUCGAACAAGCACUACGACUACGACGACACCUGAAACGGAGUGACUAAAGGAAUAAUUUAAAAACAAUGUACUUUGCCGUUAAUCACACAUUAUACCUUUGUUCGGUGUCCGACAUCACUCGCAGCAUCUUAAUUUUUAAUACAAUAAAGACAAUAAUUUGUGUAAAACAAUUAGUACAUAAACAAUCCAAUGUUGGUAGUAGCGACGAUGUAGGAAUUCUGUGUUCAAAUAAUGUAUGAUAACAUAGCCAAUUUAAACAUAUUAAGUAGUGUAAUUAUAUAUAAAUAAAAAAAUGAUAUUCCAAAGAUUAUAUGAGUGCAUGCGACUUAAUGAAAUCAUAACACGGCGAUAAAAAUGUUUUCAAAUCUUUUGUUUUGUAAACAAUAAACAUUUUCGGCAAUCAA